AUGACCCCGACUCCCAACGACUCUCAACUACUCCCUGUGUACACUGAUGGAUCAGUGUCUCAAGGCGGAUCAACAGCAGUCUUUUAUAUCCCACAUGAAAACCUUGAAUUGACGCACAGGCUCUCCUAUGAAACGUCAUCUACCGAGUCCGAGCUCUUCGCCAUACUGACCGCGUUGAACCACAUAGCGGGAUCAGCGCCUGGCGCUUGGACUGUGUUCACGGACAGUAAGGCGGCGCUAGAAGUUCUAGCAAACUAUUGCUCCAGAACAAUUGGCGGCCUAGACACCAUGAUUGUCGCAACAUACAACCGACUUCUAUCCUUGGGUCAUAGCCUGUGUUUCCAAUGGGUACCCAGUCACAUCGGCCUGCACGGGUACACCCGCGCAGACGCCUUAGCACGUCGGGCACAUGGGGAAGUCACCUUCAAUAACUGUCUCCUACCACUUUCAGCCGCAGCAUGUCGGUUACAGACACAGCGACUCUGUCAUAGCGGCACUCGGCAGUUUCAAGAAAACGUUGUCCGACUGAACGACCACCUCUGGUCUAUCGACCCGUCGAUGGAUUUCGUUGCCACACACCACUGCUCGCGUCAAGAGGCGUCCAUUAUACACCGACUACGACUUAACGCAGCCAGGACACCUCUGCUUCUGUGUAAAAUGGGUCGUCUCCAGUCGCCCAAAUGCCCCACUUGCGCUGUUGAAGCUGAUAUUCAACAUCUUGUCCUCGACUGCCACAGAUUCGACACCCUUCGAGCCACGCUCAGACGGCGCCUACUCGAGCUGCGGUGCACAGACUUUUCUCUGGCCACUCUGCUCGGUCCAGUACGACACCACACACAUCGGUCUGUGAACAAAGCUGUUUUGACUUUCUUGAGCGAUUCAGGUCCUAUGAACAGCCUGUGA